UACGCAGCCUAUACCCAAGUCUGUCCUCCCAUUUCCUUUUUUAGCUGAUAAUCCAUUUUCAUAACGAGUUAGGUGAUAGGAUCCCAUUCAAUAGGCCAAACAAAAUCUCACUCAAAACAACACAUUGUGCCAAACAUGUAUUGGUCUUCUUAAUUGAAUUGUUAUGAGUUAUGAGUUAUGACUGCUUAACAGAUCAAGAAAAGAAGGACAAGGAAAUAAACCCAAACUGUAAAUUCGUCAGUGCCGUUUCGGAUUUUUGUUUGUCUGCUACGAUACACGUCAUCUAUAAAACCGCUAACAAUUCCAUUUUGUCCCUUACCAAUAUAGCCGUUACCACCCCAAUCUCUCAGCCAAAGCCCUCCCCUCCCUCUCUUCCCCAGAAGAAACCCCCCAAAACUCAACACUUUCCCAUAAACCAGCUAACUAUUAUGCGCCAUGGAGCGCACUACACACCUUCAGCUCUCCUUUCUCCGUUUCCAGCACCUGCCCUAAACUCCAUCCCCACGGCCGGAAGCCACCACCCAAUGCUUCUUUCUGUUUUCUUAGCCCUUUUUCUGCCAUUCGUUGGUAUGAGUGCUGUUUUUAUUGUUUAUAUCUGUCUUUUGUGGUAUGCUACGAAUUAUCAGACUGAUAAUUCAGGGUCGUUAGCGGCUAAGCAGGUGGCUGAGAAAGGGUUGUCUGUUUCAGAGCUGGAGAAGCUGCCAAAGGUUACGGGGAAGGAGCUUGUGUUGGGGACUGAGUGUGCCGUUUGUCUCGAUGAGAUUGAGGCAGAACAACCGGCUAGAAUGGUUCCCGGUUGCAAUCACGGGUUUCAUUUGCAAUGCGCUGAUACUUGGCUUUCCAAGCAUUCGAUUUGUCCUGUUUGUAGGACCAAGCUUGAGCCUCAGUUGUUCGAUGCUUCUGAUGAUAAUCCAUGCUAAACCUUAACUAGGGAAAAAAAAAAAAAAGGGUCCUCUUUUUAAGAGUAUAAAAGUCAAGUGUUUGGUGUUUGUAUGAAGGGUUAUCCUAGGAAGAGAAGCAAGGUGUUCAUCUAAAUUAUUUCACUUUCGUGCAUGUAUGAGUUUUCUCUUUUUUUAGUGAUAUUUUGUUGGUUAAAUUAAUUUUCAUUGAUAUUGUACACGACAUGGGAUUUUGCUGGCUGGGUAAAAAGACCUUUCUUUUCUGCUUUUUCUUUUUUUUUUUUAUGUGGGAGUUGAAAAGGAAGAUGAGAGCAAGAAAAUUUGCAUAGAAUAAUUAAAAGUAAAGCCAGAUGAACUGGCAUGGGUCAUGGCGGGGCCAUAUGGUGCAUGACAGCACCAACCAUGGAUAACUAUUUGCGUCAAAAACUAUAUGUUUUACUUUUAGGAACCGUUUGAUUACAAGUACAAUUUUAGCAUUUGCAGAA